UUGCUCUUCACCUUGAGCCUGUCUGCUACUGUCUGUGAAUUCAGCUUUGGGAAGUCGGUGGGAGGGCACGGUUCCAGACCCCAAGGGUGACUAAGGGCCAUAGUCUCUGUGGGACAGGGGGAUCCCACGAAUCUCCAUCAGAGCAUUCCGGAAGAACCUUCAGGACCUACUGCCUACCCUUCCCAAAGCUGAUGACUACUUCCUCCUGCGCUGGCUCCGAGCUCGCAAGUUUGACCUGCAGCAAUCGGAGAGCAUGCUCCGCCAGCAUGUAGAAUUCCGGAAGCAACAAGAUCUGGACAACAUCCUUGAAUGGCAGCCCUCAGAGGUGAUCCAGCGGUAUGACUCGGGGGGCUUGUGCGGUUACGACCAUGAAGGUUGUCCCGUGUGGUUCGACAUCACUGGGGCUCUGGACCCCAAAGGCCUCCUACUGUCAGCCUCUAAGCAGGAGAUGAUCCGGAGGCGCAUCAAGACCUGCGAGGUGCUUCAGCAUGAGUGUGAGCUGCAGACUGUGAAGCUGGGCAAGAAAAUCGAGACAGUGGUGAUGGUGUUUGACUUGGAGGGGCUGAGCCUGAAACACCUGUGGAAGCCAGCUGUGGAGGUCUACCAACAGUUUUUUGCCAUCGUGGAAGCCAAUUAUCCCGAGACGCUGAAGGUUUUAAUUGGUGUGCGAGCGCCCAAGCUGUUCCCCGUGGCCUUCAACCUGAUCAAGUCGUUCAUGAGCGAGGAGACGCGCAAGAAGAUAGUGAUUCUGGGAGCCAAUUGGAAGCAAGAGUUACUCAAAUAUAUCAGCGCCGACCAGCUACCGGUGGAGUUUGGGGGGACCCUGACGGACCCUGAUGGCAACCCCAAGUGCCUGACCAAGAUCAACUACGCGGGCGAGGUGCCCAAGAGCUACUACCUGCGCAACCAGGUGAAGAUGCAGUAUGAGCACACAGAGCUCGUGGGCCGAGGCUCCUCCCUGCAAGUGGAGAAUGAGAUCUUGUUCCCAGGCUGCGUGCUCAGGUGGCAGUUUGCAUCAGACAAGGGGGACAUCGGCUUCGGGGUCUUCCUGAAGACCAAGAUGGGGGAGCGGCAGCGGGCCGGUGAGAUGACCGAGGUGCUGACCAGCCAGCGCUACAACGCCCACAUGGUGCCCGAGGACGGGAGCCUCACCUGCCUCAAGGCUGGCGUCUAUGUCCUGCGCUUUGACAACACCUACAGCCUGGUGCACGCCAAGAAGAUCAGCUACACUGUGGAAGUUCUGCUCCCGGACAAGGCCUACGAGGAGAAGAUCCAGCACCUGGAGGGCACGGGGGCCAGCCCAGCACAAUGAAGACCUUGGCCACCCCCCUGUGCACCCCUUAACACACACCCCUGCCCCUUGUCCCAUGCCCCAUGGUAGGGUGAUCCUUAAGGUGGCCACAGGGAGCUACCCACCCACACAUGACCUUCUCAACGCCUGGCCCAGAGGUCCAGCAGGAAGAGGGACAACAGUGGGUGAGGACCGAGAUGGACACCUCAUCUCCCGUUCCCGGGAUUCCCACAGUGAGCCAGAGCCCACGUCCUUCCUGGCAGGGUCCAGCCCCCACCUGGUGGCCCUGCUGGGGAGUGUAGCUAAGCUUGGGCCUUGCAGGCAGCGCAGCUGUAGGCCUGAAGAGCAGGGUGGAGCAAGGGUCUGUUGGUGGCAGCUGUGUGGAGAGGGGGGCCAGGGUGGUCCCUAGUUCCAGCAGAGCAUCAAGCUCCACCCACCUUAGGGGGUAAAUUGGAAACCCAGAGAGGAGACCUGGUCGGGCUGAGCACUGGGGAUACUCGGCCUUGUGCAGAGCCGAGUGGGUCCAGGCUGAGACUCCAGUGAGUUCUCGGUGACCUCCCCACGUACCCGAAGGUCUGACUCCAUGACUGUGUCUGGAAUCCCUGUCUAAGAAUGAGGGGCUCAUGGACUUGAACCCUAACGCUUACCCUUCCACACGCCUGCAGCCAAUGCCCCACCUUCAGCACAACUGCACCUGGCUUUCUUGCCCUGCCCUAUAAGCAAGGAUUCCCAAGGCGCUGAGUACAGGUAAUGCGCACAAAUACAGGCCCCGUGAGGCAGGCUGGUGAGUGAAGAGGUCACCAGCGGAUCUGAAGAGGAGCCCUGGUGGUGGGGUGGUUGCAGGUUGGGCUGCUAACCUCAAGGUCAGCAGUUCAACACCACCAGC